ACUAUUUUUCAGCAAGAAAAUGGAAACCAAAACCAAAACCAAGUCAAUCCAAUGACCUAAACUGUGCAGCCUCAUGAAUUCCAAAUUCAAAGAUAGCUUCUUUUUAGCUUUAACUUGUAAUGGUAACAUAUAAGUAGGUUGUGUUAGCUCAUCUUCUCUCUUUUCUUAACAUAUCCCCCAUAAUAUGAUCUAUCUUCCACUCUGAAUCUUUCUUCUUCUUUUUUUAUUUAUUUUUAUUCAUUUAUUUUUAGUUUCUCAAUGGAGUUGCCAAUGGAGCUACCGAUUUCAGGUGGCCGGAGAAUCCGAUAUACAAUAGUAACCAAAAAUCUGUCCUACAAACUAGGCACCCAAUUUGAUGAAAUGAAAUGGGUAUGUUGUGGUUGGACUCAGAAAAGAGCCGAAAAAUUCAUUUUGAAGGAUGUAAACUGUGAAGCAAGGCCAUGGGAGAUCACUGCUAUUGCAGGUCCAAGUGGGGCAGGAAAAACAACACUGCUAGAAAUUCUAGCUGGAAAGAUUUCACCAAGAAAAUUUUCAGGUCAAGUUCUUGUCAAUGAUCGGACUAUGGACACCGCUCGUUUCAGGAAAAUAUCAGGAUAUGUCACCCAAGUCGAUUCUCUAUUUCCAUUACUUACAGUUGAAGAAACACUUGUGUAUAGUGCUCUGCUGAGACGCCAAGACGGAAGGAAGGAAGCUGCCAGCAGAGUGAAACAGCUGAUGAAGGAGCUUGGACUUGAACAUGUUGCAAGUUCAAGAGUUGGUGGAGAAUCAAACCAUGGCAUUUCAGGUGGGGAAAGGAGAAGAGUUUCGAUUGGAGUUGAUUUAGUUCAUGACCCUGAUGUGAUUUUGAUCGAUGAACCAACUUCAGGAUUGGAUUCUGCGUCAGCUCUCCAUGUGGUCUCAUUGCUCAAAACAAUGACUGGUAAUCAAGGUAAGACCAUCGUUUUAACUGUCCACCAACCUGGUUUUCGAAUCCUUGAUCUCUUUGAUCGAAUUAUUCUGCUUUCAAAUGGAAAUGUAGCACAUAAUGGGUCAUUGAGUGUUCUUGAAGAGAGGCUCAAGUUUGCUGGUCAUAGCAUUCCAAAGCAUGUCAAUGUGCUUGAAUUCUCCAUUGAUGUGGUUCAAAGCUUGGUUUUUCAAAAUCCAGAAACUUUUGCUAGCCAUUUCUUCCUCAAGGGAAGAAACAGGGUAAGAAAUAAAAAUGAAGUUUCUGCAAGGAGAUUUGCAUUAACUGAAAACAAAACUGAAAACAAAGAAGAAAAGUUUCCCUCCUAUCCAAAUUCACAAGUCAAGGAGAUUAUAAUACUAGGACAAAGAUUUGUCAGCAACAUUUUCAGAACCAAACAACUUUUUGCCACAAGAGUCAUACAGGCUCUAGUGGCUGGAUUACUACUGGGGACCAUAUUUUUGAAUGUUGGAAGUGAAAGAAAGAAACUUUCCUUGCAAACCCAAACCGGGUUUUUCGCAUUCAGCCUCACUUUCUUGCUAUCCUCCACAACAGAAGGCCUACCAAUUUUCUUACAAGAGAGAAGAAUUCUGAUGAACGAGACGGAGAGAGGAGCAUACAGAGUUUCCUCCUAUGUUAUAGCAAACACCCUAGUGUUUCUUCCAUUCCUUUUGAUGGUUUGCCUUCUCUACACCACCUCAGUUUACUGGCUGGUAGGAUUAAGGAAGGACAUUGAUGGUUUCCUCUACUUUUCUCUAGUGGUUUGGAUGGUUCUUUUGGUUUCCAAUUCUUUUGUAGCAUGUUUCAGUGCUCUGGUUCCAAACUUCAUCAUGGGGACAUCUGUUAUUUCAGGGUUAAUGGGAUCUUUCUUUCUCUUUUCCGGCUACUUCAUAUCGAAGAAAAACAUACCCAAUUACUGGACUUUUAUGCACUAUUUGAGUCUGUUCAAAUACCCAUUUGAGUGUUUCUUGAUAAAUGAGUAUGGAGGAGAGCAAGGGCAGAUCAAGUGCGUAGAAGAAACAAGCAGCAAGGUUUGCAGUCUAUAUGGGCUCGGGUUUUUAAGACAGCAGGGUCUGAAAGAGUCCCAGAAAUGGAGCAAUUUAGCUGUGAUGUUGAGUUUCAUCGUUGGUUACAGAGUACUCUGCUUUCUGAUUUUGUGGUACAGAUGUUAUAGAACCAGAAACUAGCUAACUAGAACUAGAAGAUAUUCUACACUGGGAAUAUACAUUUGUUUUUUUUUUUUUUUUUUUCCCCUCGCUUAUUUUAUUCGUUUGCUGAAUCAUGUUCAGGAUGAUUAAACUAAUGUACCAUUAUACAUAAUAUGAAUUUUUUGUUUUUAAUUGAAAAGAAACCUAACAAGCUAGCCAUUUCUGUAUAGUCAUAGCCAUGUCUCGAAAUUUUUUAAAAAUAUGCAUAUGACAACUCAGAUGAUGAUGUUUUUAAUAGACAAUAAAAUCAAAAUCAUGAACCAACAAUGAAGAGAAAAAUGGAAGCAAAAAUAGAUUUCAUCUUCUCCAAAAUACUUGUCGUUUUUGCGAUGAUUGAUGUUUGUCAUACAUUUCCAAACAUAAAUUGAUGGAACAAUUUCCCGGAAAAUUGUACAUACACAAACCAAUUGAAUACAGUGCAUUCAUUCCACAAAAAAUUCUCUGCCUAUGGUUUGACAAGACCUUUUUUUACAACCAAUACAGUACCGCCCCUUUAUAACAAAUUCAAGCGGAUUCAAGAACUAAAUCUAAUUGAUUUUUUAUAAAAAGAAAUAUUCACACCAAAUGUAGUCAUACGAGGAGGAAUUGCACAAGGUGUUGCUUGGUUUAGCAUUUUAGGAAGUACCUUGGGUCAACUUUCUGAAGCAAAACUCUAAUGAUUUUUGUCCAUCCCCUCUUACCGCAAAAGAAGAAAAUGAAAA